CUUAAGUGAAGUGUUGGAUGUGUCAAGUGUGUUUUCAUCAAGUGUUUAUUUGUGUUUGUUUACAUCAGAAGAGUUUGAUCUGAGUUUGUGAGCUCGAUGUGAUGUGCAGUGAUGAAUGGCAGCUCGAACCCGUCUUUGGAUAAAGAAGAGCACGUGUUAAAACUCGGAGAGAGUUUCGAGAAGAGACCAAAAUCAUCUUUUCACACCAUCAGAUAUGAUUUUAAACCAGCAUCUAUCGAUACGUCCUGUGAAGGAGAAUUACAAGUAGGAAAAGGAGAUGAGGUCACAAUUACAUUACCACACAUACCAGGGUCCACUCCACCAAUGACAGUGUUUAAGGGUAAUAAAAGGCCGUAUCAGAAAGACUGUGUUCUGAUCAUAAAUCAUGACACUGGUGAGUUCAUGCUGGAGAAGCUCAGCAGCAGCAUACAAGUCAAGAAAACAAGAGCUGAGGGCAGCAGUAAGAUUCAGGCUCGGAUCGAGCAGCAGUCGGUGAGAGCUAACCAGCUGACAUCACAGUUUCGUGCCCCCAUCAAACCCGGAGCAAGCGCCAAGACGUCACCAAUUAAAGACAACCCAUCUCCUGAACCUCAACUGGACGACAUUAAACGAGAGCUGCGUGCGGAGGUGGACAUGAUUGAGCAGAUGAGCAGCAGUAGCAGCUCUUCAGAAUCUGGCAGUUGUUCUGGCAGUGGUGAUGACAGCUCAUGCAGUGAUGCAGAACAGGAAGCGCAUCAUCUCUCUCCCAACAGGACAAGCAUUGCCAAUGGUACCAACCAAUCACAGGGCAGCAACCAGCUCAUGAACACACUGAGGAAUGAUCUUCAGCUGAGUGAAUCUGGCAGUGACAGUGACAUUGACUGAGAUCUUUGCUGUACACCACACAUCACUCUUUCAUUUGAAAACAUUGUGUUUCCAUUUGCAGUGGUUUUAUCUUUAGCUUUUAUGGUUUUAUGCAAACAUAGAGAUGUUGUACAAGUUUUUGAAGAAUGUUGAAUAUGUUAAAGAUGUAUAUUUUGUUAUUGCUAAUUUAAAUACUAAUAUUUAAUAUUCUGGAAAUAUGAUGAUUUAAACCCUUAUCUGUUCUAAAACAGAUAAGGGUUUAAAUCAUCAUAUUUCCAGAUUACACAACAUACCUAAAGAUUAAAUAUGUGUGAUAUUGCACCAUAUGACUUUGGUUGUUGUACAGUUUUUGUAUGAAACUGAAACGUCAAAAUUGUUGUCCAAUAGUCACAUGGCAUGUUCAUGGCUUUUUGCUGGUGUGUUACAUAUACCUACUUACUGCAUGAUCUUCAUUCUAACUGGCAUAGCAUGUCAAGUGUGUUAACAGCUUUACAGUUUGAAUUGAUAUGAUUUGAUAAACUUCCAAUACAAAGGACUAAAAUGUAAUUUCGUUUCCAAACACGCAGUCUAUGAUCCAGUGAACUCUAUAAGACUGUUUUUAACUAAAAAAUACAUUAUAUCCAUUCAGACUGUAAACAAUAUAAAUGCUGUAUAUAACACAUUUUUUAUGUAAGUUUAAAGUAAAAACAAACAGGAAUUGAAUGUGUUCAUUGUAGUGCUUCACUGGUCAGGUGAACACCGUUUUUUUUUCUCUCUGAGCUUUUACUCGAGUUUCAGGUUAGAUUUUAGUUGGAUAUUCAUCUUUUUUUUUUUUUUUUUUAAAGUGUGAUGGCUGACUUACUAUAUAAGAGAUUUACAGAUACAGCAUUCAACUACUUUUGAAAAACAAAACAAACAAAAAAUAAAUCUCUAAAAUUCACCAUAAUUACAUGUUCACAUUCCAUCUAAUGGUUGUAGGUUUCUAGUGUGCAUGGUUUACUGCAGCUAAUAUUAUUCCAAUAUGUCUAAUUACGCACACAGUAUUCAAUAAAUAAAAAAAUCACAAGAAUUCACUAAUAUGAUAUUUUCAUAUUCCAAUGGUUGUAGUAGGUACACAGUGGGUAGAUUGACUUUCUACAGAGAAAACGGUUUUUCCUUUUUUUUUUUUUUUUUCUGCUGGUGUGAAAUACUUUAUUAUUAUUUCUGUUUGUUUGUGAGUCA